CGCGAUGAGACGCGCGCGAAGUGUCACCGGGCCUCUAAGGAGGGCCCACCCGGCCUCUGGGGCCACUUGGAACGUCCAGGUGGUCAAGGGUAAAAUGAGUUCAAAAUGUUUAUGGCACGCAUGUCGAGCCCUGUCAGCUGGACUGUUGUUGAUGUUACUCGGUGGAGCGAUGGCAGUCAUAGGUUAUUAUGCAGACUCAUUAUCUGUGGAUCAAGAGAUACGGGGAAACGCGACUGUUUCAGUCAAAGACGAGGCUCGGGGCUUUCAUCUCAACAACCUUUCAUACGCCGGACCUAUUGUUAUGGGCUUUGGAGGCUUCAUCGUAGUAGCUGCAUGUGUAAUGACGUUUGAAGCGCGCGACAGUGCAGCUAAAGUAACACCGGCACGACCGCAGGCGGUGCCGAGGCCGCUUCCUCGCCGUGGUCCGUGCACGACGCCAGCCCGACUUGACCAGCUCGGGGUCUACCGCCUGCCCCACGUACUGCCUCUAGCUCACGCCUUACCGCUGCCACCGACACACAAACGACCGCCAUACAAGAGACAUAGAGGCAGUGAACGAGCGAUAGAGAAGGCGAGAUUUGGAUCUGCGCCGGACCUGCGGAGCGGCAACGCACGAGCAGCGCUACCAGUGACAGCUUUACGACGCCCGCUGAGGAGAUACGCACUCUCUGUGGACGAGCCCGCGCAAUCUGCUGUCAGUGCAAGCGCAGCAGAAUCGGAGUGUGGUUCUCAAUCCUCGUUGGCGAUGGAUCUUCACGGCAGCGCUGGUGCAGGCGUGACUCUCAGAGUACGGGACAACACGAGACGAAGACCUCUCGCACGACAACAAAGACUCAUCGUCGAAGAUAUUUCACGCCAUGCCUCUGGUGAGAACAUCACAAUUACUAGUGGGAUAGCAGAAUCACCAAUAAGUCCAAACAACGAAGAUAUAAAGAAUGCAGUAGAGAUGGUACAUUUGUCAAUAGAGCGAGAGGUCAGAGCGAGCAGUGCACCCCCUCUCUCUUCGCCACCGGUGACGACACAGUCCACGUUGCAGACUGAAACACGAAUUUUUAUUGAAACUUGUGAUGAUGUAGUUAUGGAUAAUAAAUCAAAUGAGCCAGAUGACAGCGACAAUCUUGAUCCUUGUUAGUAUUAGAAACUAUAAUAUAAAUAUUUAAGUAAAACGA